AUGUAUCCCGUUCAUCCUGCUGCUGCUGCUGCUGCUGCUGCUGCUGCUGCUGCUCAUGCAAACGCUGUCGAUCCGGCGGCUUUCAGCAUUGUCUUAACGGAUCGCGCCGGAGGAUGUCCUAUUCUCAGUGGAGGUGUCAAUAGAGCGGACCCCUUGGCUGCAGUGACUCCAGUUGACUCCAGUAUGUUCCUGCACUAG